AUGGACGAUGACGGGUAUGGAGAUACGUACCUGAUGAAAGUUUUGAUCAAGCCACUAAUCAAAAACAUACCAGAAGAAGCAACGAUUAGGUUAAUUAAACUUUUGAAAAACUUUUCAGAUGUCUUCAGUUGCUCUAAACAGGAAAUCAGGAUGGCAAAAGGGGUCUACCAUAAAAUUGAAACACAGGAAGCUCGCCCUGUCAAACAGCAGUUGAGGAGGGUACAAGAGAACUACCAAAGUAAAGAAAAACUCGUGGCAAAAGCCAGGAAGGUGGUCAAACAAUUUCUGGUUUUUGACAGCCUUUCACCAAUGGAGUCUAGCGUAGAGAAGUGUUUGGACCCGGAAAUUACAGUGUCACAUGGUAAACAAUCAACAGCGGCAGUUUCAUCUGAUACGAAGAAUCCUGAAAGCCAGACAAAGAAUUUAGAAGAAGUCCCGUCUAAACUUUCCGCGAUCAACCACACCGAAAACUUAGGAGGAUCCCGAAUCGAUUUGCUGAGAUGGAUAAAUGGGAGUCUGUCAUCGAGGAUCGGCGGGAAGGACGAUGGUCAUCAAACCUUGUUAAUGACGCCGAACGUGGUGGAUCAAGACAGCGAACAACGCGGGCAGCCCCUGCCCAAAGAAAAUGAAGCGGCCGUCACGAUGGGAUCAACCCAACCAUCCGAGGAUGAAAUGUUCCUAGACCUUGGGUUGGGUGAGGACGACUUUUGA